GGUUCUGCAUUUCUGGAUCUCUCUGUAACUCAUCUACUUCUUCUCCCUUCUUCAGUAUCCCAAAUCUUCUUUCCUAUAGCCUUUUCUUUUUGUGUUUGAUUUGUAUCUGUGUAUUUGUAAAAGAAAAUUUCACAAACAAUGGAGCUUGAGCUUCAAGGUCAACCCGGUUCCAGUGGAUCGGGCUCCAGCGGAUCGCAUGUGGUUAGCAUCCAUGAUGAGGAGCUGCCCACACACACCCGAUUUCUUAGCCCAUCUCCUUCUGUGGACUACAAUGCCUACUACAAGCUAAGGCCACCAGAGGUGCCAAAGGAUGUUAACAAGGACAUCAUGUCUAGCUUACAAAAACAAGUAGAUGACUAUGACAAUCCAAAACAAAAACAAGAAGACGACCAUAACAAGCCAAAGCACAGGACAAAAUUUACUUAUUCAGAGAAGUGGAUCUUUUUCCUCAUUAGCCUUGGGCUAGAGACUAUUUCAGCUUCUUUUGAUCAGCUUUCGUCCCCAAGUAAGCCCCACUAUGCACUAUAUGGUAUGUUGUUGGCUAUUGCGGCCGUACUCAUUUGCAUCUGUGAGCUCAUUCACAAGGGUUACAGAGAAAGAGUUGAAUUCAAGAGGUGGGGAAGGAUAUGGUGGUAUUACCAUCCAUAUCCACCAAACAGGCUUUUUGGUAAUUUUCCUGACAUUUGUGGGCUAGUUCUUGCCAUCGCUCAAAGCAUUUGCUCUGGGGUUCAGUAUGAUUACCUCCAUCGACAUGCUAAUAAUCCUAUCAAACUAUCCAUUUUGCCUUUCAUGUUUCUUUUAUCUUUGGGUAUUUCGAGAUGUUGUAAAGAUUAGAAAAAUAAGGGAAAGAUCAUUGUAUUGAGGUACUUAGUAUUAAUAUAUGUAUUUGGUGUGAUGUUGGCUGACUUGCAUCUGGGAGACAAAGACCCCAGCAAAGGCUAUUUGGUGAUGUUCUUGACAUUUUUGGAUUACUUGGUGCCAUCUCUCGGUGUCUUUGCUCGACAGUUCAGUAUGUUUACUUCAUUCGGCAUCAUCAAAAUCCUCUCAAAGCCUCCCUUUUGCCUGCCGUCUUCCUUAUAUGUUUGGGUGCUUCAGGAUUGAGUUGUAUUCAUUUCAAACGCACGAGAUCGCUGAACAAAAUGACUGAACAUGAGCAUUUUAGCUCGGGUUAUGCCUCAACUUCUUGUUGUAGUUUCAUUGGUUAGGUAUAAGAGUCGAGAGAAAAUGCUAAAAUGUGCCUCUUAUUAAUAUCAGUGUUCUCAAAGAAAUUGCAACAACAUUUGCUUUGACAACUACAGAUGAUAGUAUAUGCACAAGCCAUGAUAAUUAAUGGACCAGGAGUGGUACAUUUUACGAUACCAUCAUUGGACUUUGAAGAGAUGUUACAAGUAUUAUGAGCUUUGUUGCAGCCAAAACUCAUUUCUUCAUGAACAUCUUGUUGAGGGUCUGAACUGCAAACUGGUAGCUGGAGUAAUUUCUGAGACCGUAGGCUUGAAUCUGAGAUUGAGAGUCUAAAUACGAGUUCAGAGAAGCUUGACUUGAGCUUAUGAUCCAAGAGGUGGCUAAACCCCCUUGGUGAUGAGAAAACUAAAUACCAGCUCCUUGGUUAUUUUUUGGUAUAACUCAAUUUUUUUACUUCAGAACCAGAAAUGCGUCAAAGCUACACUAAGAAACAAUUUGUGUUUGGUACGCCGUAUAACAAAAACGGUAAACGAUUUCGUGAAAACGAAAACAAAGUCUCUCUUUAAAGUUGGAAAGGAAAACAUGAGGAACAGUGUACACCUCUCUUCCGCAAUUAUCACUCUCUCUAGCAACCACAACUCCCCCUUUCUGAAUUACUGGAUCUAAGUUCUGAAGAAGCUCUAUCUUCCUUUCCUCUUGGUUGAUUAUUGCUCAAACAAGGUUCAUUUCCCUUGUAUUUCCUUUCUUCUUCAUUUUGGGUUGAAUCUUGGGUGUGUACUGAAAUCUGAGUUUGUUUAUGAUUUUAAAGUUUAUCAAUUGUGUACAGAUUCUGUUAUCGGUUGCCAAAGAGAGAGACAGAGAGAGAGAGAGA